AACGCAGUUUACUUUCUUAAUCCUCUCUCUUCCCCGUCACCUUUCACCAGCCUCACUUCCUUGAAGUUCUUUCCUCUCUCCCUUAACUUCUUCCCUCAACACAACAGUGUUGCUGUCUCCUCAUCAUCCCCCUUCACCCUGUCUUCCUGUGUUUGUCCGUGUCGCCUCGCACAACCCUGAGCGAUUUUCAUCUUUCACUCUGUUUACUUACAUUCUUCGCCUUGUGCUACCCAACAAAUACUAUUUUUAUUUUUUUGAGUUUUGAGUACGGUUUUAAUGACAAUGGACUACGAAAACGAAAACAAUCGUGACUACGACGGUAUGCUCCCUUUCUGAUCCUGUUGUUUUUGAAAAAUAUUUACUUAAGGACGAGCUUGUAAUUGACUUUUCCGUGCCGACUGGAGUAGAAGAUGGACGUGAUGCCUAUCGUCGUGAUGAGCGCUCUAUGUCGCCUCGUGGGCGUCGCGAGGAUUCUUCCCCAAGGAGGGACCGCGUGAGAAGCGCCUCCCCUGGGGGCCGUGGUGGCGAGAGGUAUCUUGUCCCCCUAUCGUUUUCAAGUCAUGCGCGACCUGCUGAUAUUUGUAGAUCUGUUCCUCCUGAGUCACGUCCUGAUGAUCGUCGCCUUAUGGAUGCUGGCUCCACCUCUUCCGAGCGUGGUGGUGAACGCCGUGGUCCCAGCUCCUCUGAUGGCGCCCAAAAUCCUGGCACUAACCUCUUUGUUACUGGUAUUCAUCCGCGUCUUACCGAAGAUGAUGUUACUCGUCUUUUUGCCAAGUAUGGUGAGGUUGAGAAGUGUCAAAUUAUGUUGGACCCUCACACCAAGGAGUCUCGUGGCUUCGGGUUUGUCAAACUGGCCACAUUAGAUCAAGCGGACAGCGCGAAAGAGCGCUUGCAGGGGGAAGUUUUUGAAGGCCGAACUUUAUCUAUUGAGAAAGCAAGGCGUAGUCGUCCCAGGACUCCUACUCCCGGAAAGUACUUUGGUCCACCAAAAAGAGGUAUGUGUCAACCCGUUGGGAUGUAUAUAUUCCCCCCAUGAAAUGAAGCCUAGCUCACAGCAAAGAUGCAGAUGAUUACCGCCGUGGGCCACCUGGUCGCGAUGACGGUGGUUACCGUGGCGGACGUGGCCCCUCACGUGGUGGUCGCUUUUACGACGAUUACGAUCGCGGUUAUAAUUCCCGUUAUGAUGACCGUGAUCGUGGCGGGCGUGGGGACCGCUACUAUAGUUCCCGUGAUAGGAGCGAUGACUACCCUCCCCGCGGAGUUGACCGUUACGCGUCUGGACGUGAUGAUAGGUAUAGUGGACGAGAUGAAAGACGUGCGCCCAGGGAUGCUGGCUAUGCUAGCUAUAGUGAUCGUGAUUCUGGAUAUUCCCGCAGCGGUGCUGGUGAGCCCGCGAUACCUCCUGCCACCGGUAGUGAAGGUGGAAGGGCCUACGGAGGUGGCGCUUACCGUGACGAAGCCCGCGAUGAUCGUAGCUACAGGAGAUAGAUUAUUCAGGCCCAUCAAAAGUCACCUACCCUGUUAGUUUUUUUUUUUUUUUUGAUCGGGUACAGCUUUCUCCCUUUUAACCCUUAUACUUUCUAAAAGUCUACCUUUGUAUUCCUUAAUCUCUUGCUUUGUUCCUUAUCGUAUUUGUUCUUUUGCUUUGUCUUCUCUGGUUGGAGAGUCGGGUCUUGUUCGAAGAGGAGACUUACUUCCUCUUCUCAUGCGUCUUCAGACUCGGAUUAAUUCGGCGGUCGGAAAGAAAUUGGGGAGGAAGGGGGAUCUGUGUGAACGAGUUCGACAUCAACGUGCGACAAGUGAUAUUGACAGUUCACACUGGCUCGGUAUUUCGUCGAUACUUCUCAAAAUUCUUCUUUUUUCUUUUCAUGGAGCGGCCUAUUUGCAACACCGAUCAACUAUUCAGAUUACAAAUAUAUAAAAAAGCAUCGCGACCGGUAGUUGGAAACGAACAAAAAUCGCUUAAUCAUGUCAAUUCCGUCCGUCCGUCUAUCCGUCCGCCUGUUUGGUUUCAUCACCAGAUCAGAUGUUUCAGAUAUGGGGACUCCUUUCCGAGCAUGGCUUUAUUCUCCACCAUUUCUCUCAACGGCCCGGUUGUCGAGGGUCGCAUCUACUGUGGCUCGUUCUUCGUCCAUCGUCUGUUUGUCCAUCUGUCCACCUGUUGCAGGUGUGGCGGAUGGCAUUUCCGUACACGCCUCCGCACAAAAAAAGGAAAAAAAGAAAAAAAGAAACCCUUUGCUACCUACCUACCCACCCAAAAGAAACAAGCGCCUGUAUCAGAUAUCGCAAUGUGUGGUUAAUUAUUGUACAACAAAAGUCCACCUGGACCUUUUUUAUGGGGAUCCUCGCUCUGCAGUCAUUUCAAAUCAGUACAUCAAAUCAAUACAGUGCGAUCAAUCGGCCCCGCCGCAGUACUCCUUGUGAUAGCUCAAUUCAAUGAUCCUCGCUUCAGGAUAACAAAAUACCAGAGGGGCAAAUAUAACCAUCUAACCUGGACCGGUGCGGCAACGGGGCUGGAAGAAAAGAAAAAAAAAACCCCGCAGGGCCGCUAUUUUUUGUCUCUUGGUUCAACAGCUGUCUCGGGUUAGACUAGCAUCACGGAGCAAUUCAUCAAGCGAGCAAAGGAAAGCUAGAAUUCAAGGCUCGCCCGUUGUGCAAUUCAAUUGAAUUCAAUUCUUAUACAAUCCGUAGUCAAAACCACAGCGCGGGUCAAGGCUCCGCCCCUCCGGAGGAAAUAUACACUUUAUUUUACCUGUACAUUCAUUAUAUUAACCUCGCAGAGCUAACUUAUAGAUACACUUUACCUCCUCCGACAAGCGGACGCCCUGUCGGCAGGCGACUAAAAUUGUUUCAGACUGGUUUCGGAGUUUUUAUAACAUGCAGUUACUUAAAACUUUGCUCAUACCUCCCUUUAUUAAAAAUGCGAAGGUGGAGGGGAAAAGUGUUCCUGAACUCUAUUGCCGGAGACGCUGAAGCUCGUGAUUGACACGUGAUCCGGAGAUUGUGUGUUGGUGGGCUGUUGUUUGGGAUUAGUAGGAUUCAAGGGGGAAUUAUGUUUAUUUAUAAUUGAUAUUACUGCAUGUAUUCUAAUGAUUCGCUACAAAUGAUCGGCUGAAGGUGGGAAUUGUGUGAUUAUCAUUCUUGAUCUUGCCGUAACGAUACUUGCACCCUAGAAACCUACAACAGUUUAGGAUCAUGGAAUAUCACUCGCUCAAGUAUCUCCAUCACUGGUGCAGUAGGAAGUAUUUUAAUUGACUUAUAAAUCCUAUAUA